ACCUCCUUGCUGCCUCAGAGCGAGGUUGCUGUAAACGCUUUUGGAGAGCUAACCUCAUCUGAUCUCCCAGGAUUCGCCACACUGGAACUAAAAGGCGUUUGAAAUAGAUUGCUAUUUACAGUUUCAGCGAUCUGGCUGCACGUAGCCUAUGCGCUUUACGCACUCAUAAUAUUCCGUGAUCAAGCAAUGACUCGGAGAUUAUAUGAUUUUCUUUUAUAUGAUGGUGAUAUCUUGACGCUGGGAAAGUUUGGAUGGCUAUGGACAUGGACUCACGCUGAGGCUUAUCUUCCCUUCUGGAUAUAGAAACCUACAGAAUCAGUCUUAAUGGAAAUAAUGUCACCGCAACAGGAGACUAUUAGUCGGUCCGCCUCUUUGGCGGAGGAAACCAAGAUCUGCGCUGUACCUGAGAACAAAAAGAAGAUGAAGACUUUGAACCAGCGAAGACAGUCUGCUCCCUCUUUGGUCAUCAGCAAAGCAUUUACCAGAUCCAGAAAUCUCUCCAGGGAUCACUGCCUGUCGCCCAUCAGUCCUGAGACGUGUCCUCUGGUCCUGUCCUUUCUGAAUCCGGCUCGGACAUUCCUCACCCACGGCCACGCCCAGCUGAAGACUGGUCUGCAAACGCAGGAGCGCUACCUCUUUCUAUUCAGCGACCUUCUCCUCAUCACCAAAGCCAAGAACUCAACACACUUCAAGCUGAAGGCUCAGGUGCGAUUGUGUGACAUGUGGAUGGGUGGCUGCAUGGAGGAGGUGUGUGAAGGCAGCACCAGCCCUGAGAGAAGCUUUGUCAUGGGCUGGCCCACCUUCAACUGUGUCGCCACCUUCAGUUCAGUGGACCAGAAAGAGAAAUGGUUCUCCUUCAUCAAAAGUCAAAUAAAAGAAGAGAAAGAAAAAGAUGACCCCAAAAGCAUUCCUCUUAAAAUAUUUGCAAAAGACAUUGGAAACUGUGCUUAUGCCAAGACACUGACUGUCAACCACACAGAAUGUGCCACAGAGGUCAUUGCCAUGGCGCUGCAGCAGUUUGGAAUUUCAGGCUGUGUGAAAGAUUACCAGCUGUGGGUGAGCUCAAAGAAGGAUGAGCCUCCCUAUCCCCUGAUUGGGCAUGAGUUUCCCUUCAGCAUCAAGAUGAGUCACAUCCAGGACCAUGCAUUGCAGAACGGGGGAGGGAAGGAGGCAGUUACUCCUCCAGACCUGCAGGGGAUGCUGCUGCUGGAGCAGGUGCCUUUGGACAGACAGUGCCAGUUCAUCCUCAAGCCCAGCCGAGUGGCUGUGGAACAGCCUGUAUUUGAUGGAGGCCAGAAGCCGUUCAGGAGGAAGCGCUCCAUCAUGGCCUGGGCUUUCUGGCGUGGCUCCAGCUCCCAGCUGGACGUGCUUCCCACCUCACCAACCUCGCCCACAUCGCCCACAUCGCCCAUCUUGCCCACCUCGCCCAUCUUGCCUGGCCAGUUGUUUGGCCUGCCACUGAGCGCUGUGUGCGAGGGUGAUGCCCUGCCCAAAUCCAUCAUGGACAUGCUGGCAUUGCUGUACCAGGAGGGCCCAUUCACCAGGGGGAUAUUCCGUCGCUCGGCGAGUGCCAAAGCAUGCAGGGAGCUGAGAGACCGACUUAACUCCGGAGCCAAGGAUGUCACACUCACCUGCGAGUCUACCUUUGUCACCGCUGCUGUCUUCAAGGACUUCCUGCGGCACAUCCCAGGCAGCCUGCUGUCCCAGGAUCUGUAUGCGCAGUGGGUGGAGGUGAUGGAGCAGGCAGGGCAGGGAGAGGAGGAUCGUGUGCAGGCUGUCCAGAGGCUCGUGCAGCAGCUGCCACAGGAGAACCAGCUUCUUUUGGGACACUUGCUUGCCGUCCUCCACUGCAUCCAUCGGCACGCCCACCAGAACCAAAUGAACAGCUUCAACCUGUCAGUCUGCAUUGCCCCCAGCAUGCUUUGGGCUCCUGGCCCCUGCAGCCCCACCACGGAGAGUGAGGGCACCAAGAAGGUGUCUGAGGUGGUGAGGUUCAUGAUCGAACACUGCUGCGAGGUGCUGGGAGAGGACAUCACCUCUCUGUUUGGAGGGUUCCCUGAGAGAGCCAGCAGCAGUGAGCAUGGAUCAGACGCGUCAUCCUUCCAGCUGAACGACUCGUCGUACGGCAGCCUGGAGAACGAGCUGAACGGCGACGGCGGGUCUCCCCCGCGGCUCCGCAGGGGCAAGCAGGAGAGCCGGAGCCGCGACUCGGUCCUCACGCUGAGCGACGACUGCGACCCCGAGCCCAGCCCUGACCCCGCCCGCCCGGAGCGCCCCCCGCUGGCCACGCCCAGGAAGCUAACCCCCCCGCCCCCGCAGCCCCGCCCCCACGCCCUCGCCGACGCCCCACCCCCGCGCUGGCAGCGCCGACGCUCCGAGCCCGCCCUUAGCUGCCCGCUGUCGAGCCACGCCCCCAGCUACACGUCACACCAGGCCGUGAGCCGAGAGGGAGGGGGCAGCGACCCACACCCCCUGCCGCUGUGUGGGAAACACAAGCAGCCACGACCCGCUCUCCGUUUGGACACAAGCCUGUCCAGCCUCUCCUCUCCUGCCACCUCCCCCUCCGGCUCCUCCAUGAGCUCAUUGGACAGCACUUUCUCCCAGAGCUCUGCUGACCACGCCCCCAGGAGCCAAGGCCACCCCCUCUGCUCCCCUCCCGAGGCUCAAGACUGGAGCCAACCCAGGGCCCCCCACGGCUUGCACCCCAAAAGCUGGCUGGGAAGGGACCCGCCCCAGUUUCCGCGGCAACAGGACAGAGAAGUGGGAUGGCAGGACGAGGAGGACGAGGAACGGGGAGGGCAGAGGGAGCCGUUUGGUUUAUUGGGAGACCUUCUGAGGAGGAGAUCCUGCAGUCCGCCCUCCUACCAGCAGGUGGCGCUGAAGUCUCAGCGCUACAGGUCGCCGUGUUACCGCGCGCGCGACCGCGGCCUGAUGGCUCGUGAGGGGAGGCUCCCGCCGUGUGCAGUGUUCUACGGGCAGGCCACCUCCUGCCUGAGUCUGCAGAGGGAGCAGCCACGCCCGCCGGCCCCGCCCUCCCCCCCCACACGGCCAGCGGAGGGGCCCCGUCGGCGCGCUUCCGAACCCGACGUGCUCCAUUUGGCCAGACCCUCGACAAACCGUCUCAAAACACGGAGGGCUUCUUUAAUGGCGACGGCGUUGGCCGGGCAGGAGCCGCAGAACAGCGGGCUAAAGGUGUCCGACGUGGAGCCGCACCGCAACCCCGAGCCGCGGUUCUGCCUGUCUCCCUCCGCCACCAGGGCCCUGAGGGACUACUUCUCCGCAGACGCAGGAGCUGACAUGGGGGACACCCUGGGGCGGAGCCGGGAAGUGGCUGCUGCCCUGGUCCAGGGCAAGAGGGAGUGGCAGGUGCACCACUGCAGCGACCGCAGGCUCAAUGAUUUCGAACAAAUGCUUUUCGGGGAGGAGUCUUAUGUGUGAGCACUUCUUUCCGCAGUGACUUUUUUUGGUAUAUCGUUCAGGGUUUGCCUGUCUGGACCCUCUAACACACACACAGGUACCUGUUAAUCGCAGCCAGGUUUGUUCACCCAGUUCACAUACACACGCACACACACAUUGUGUUGUGCUCUUAUUUUACCACUUCCGGUUCAUUAAUAAGAGUGUAAAGACCAAAAAUAAAUGUCUUGUAAAUAUCACUCGUAACUUCCCGUAUUGCCUCUGGGCAGCCUUUAUAACUACAUUAACCUUUAGGUCUGAUCCGCAGAAUAAACCUGAGGGUAAUGUCAGACAUAUAAGUAAGGCUGUAUCUACUAUGUAUCUUUCAUUCAGAAAGUGUGUUUGUAUGCAAGCAGUGUAUAUCUGUAUACAGUAUUUGUGUUGUCUGUGCGCAUGAAUACAAUAUGUAUGGGAGUGUGUGUGUGUGUGUGUGCAUCAUGCAGGAGAAAAGGCAUUUUCAGCACUUCUGUUUCUCCUUCACAGAAAACACAAAGCAGGCAAUGUGUUACACAUCACUUAGCAUUUUUCUUUGUGCAUGUAGUAUGUGUGUAGGUCAAAUCUAGGCAAUUGUGUACAUAUUAUAUGUUAUUGUUAUUUUUUAUCCCAAAGUAUUUUCUAACAUUUAAAAGUCGUUAUAAAAGAAUGCUGCCAAUAAUGCAUACAUUGAUUUGCAGAUAUGCUAUAUAAUACAUUUCAAUUUCUGUUAAUUUGUGAUGAAUAUGUAUAGUUGCGUAUUUAUGUUUAUAUUAUGUUAGUAGUAGCCUAUUAUAAGGAGCCUAAUUUGGAUUUCUGUACAAUCAAACCCUGCUGCUACUGCCUAUAAAGAUAUAACUGCUACAUGAAAAUUGACUAUAAUAAUUCCAAUAAAUCAUCAGCUGUUAUAAAAUGA